AUGUCGCUUUCUAACAAGCUGAAUUUGGACAAGCUGGACGUAAAGGGGAAGUGGGUCAUCAUGAGAGUGGACUUCAAUGUUCCUAUGAAGAACAACCAGAUAACAAGCAACCAGAGGAUCAAGGCUUCAAUUCCAAGCAUCAAAUUCUGCUUGGACAAUGGAGCCAAGUCCGUUGUUCUCAUGAGCCACAUGGGCUUGCCUGAUGGCGUCCCCAUGCCUGGCAAGUACUCCUUGGAGCCAGCUGCUGUAGAGCUCAAAUCUCUGCUGAGCAAGGAUGUUCUGUUUAAGGACUGUGUGGAUCCUGAAGUGGAGAAAGCUUGUGGUGACCCAGCUGCUGGCUCUGUCAUCCUGCUGCAGAACCUUCACUUUCACAUGGAGGAAGAAGGGAAGGGAAAAGAUGCUUCUGAGAACAAGGUUGAAGCUGAGCCAGCUAAAAUAGAAGCUUUCUGAGCCUCACUUUCCAAGCUAGGGGAUGUCUAUGUCAAUGAUGCGUUUGGCACUACUCACCGAGCCCACAUCUCUAUGGUGGGAGUCAAUCUGCCACAGAAAGCUGGAGGUUCUUUGAUGAAGAAGGAGCUGAACUACUUUGGCAAAGCCUUGGAAAGCCCAGAGAAAUUCUUCCUGGCCAUCCUGGGCAGAGCUAAAGUUACAGACAAGAUCCAGCUGAUCAAUAACAUGUUGGACAAAGUCAAUGAGAUGAUUAUUGGUGGUAGAAUGGCUUUUACCUUCCUUAAGGUGCUCAACAACAUGGAGAUUGGCACUUCUCUGUUUGAUGAAGAGGGAGCCAAGAUCGUCAAAGAUCUGAUGUCUAAAGCUGAGAAGAACAGUGUGAAGAUUACCUUGUUGGUUGACUUUGUCACUGCUGACAAGUUUGAUGAGAAUGUGAAGACUGGCCAAGCCACUGUGGCCUCUGGCAUACCUGCUGGCUGGAUGGGCUUGGACUACAGGCCUGAGAGCAGCAAGAAGUAUGCCGAGGCUGUCACUAGGGCCAAGCAGAUUAUAUGGAACAGACCUGUGGGCAUAUUUGCAUGGGAAGCUUUUGCCCGAGGGACCGAAACCCUCAUGGAUGAGGUGGUGAAAGCCACUUCCAGGGACUACAUCAUCAUCAUAGGUGGUGGAGACACUACUGCCUGCUGCACCAGAUGGAACAUGAAGAACAAAGUCAGCCAUGUUAGCCCUGGGGGUGGUGCAAGUUUAGAGCUACUAGAAGGUAAAGUCCUUCCUGGGGUGGAUGCUCUCAGUAAUGUUUAG